AUGGUUUCUCGAACUGUUUGGACUAUCCUCAAAUGCGUUCUGGCUCUUGCAGCUGUUGCCUCAUUGAUAGGUAACUGCGUCUUGAUAUGGCUCAACACUCAACACACUCCACAGUGCCCAGCUCAACAGGUAAACUCGAGCCAAACUGCGGUGCACAAUGAGCGUAGCAAUGUCUUUGCUGACCUCUCGUUGGAAGAGUUACUACAGGUGCGGGACUACAUGUCCAAGAUCCAAGGCCUCUCUUUUGAUCCGGCUUCACCUCCUUCAGCUGACUACCUAUAUCUGAUUGACCUGUCCCUGCCAAAAAAACAGGAUGUUUUGCAUCAUCUGGAUGCCAACGGACCAAAACCAGCAAGAGAGGCGACUGUGGUGGUUUUUUAUGGAAGUAGGAACCAAAUAAAAGAGUAUGUAGUGGGCCCUCUCCCCAAUGCAACCUACCACCGCGAUGUCACCACUGAGAGAUAUAAAAGGGAGCUUCCUUUGACUGCACGUCCGGUAUAUUUUGGGGAGCACAUUCUUAUAGCAAAACUUCUGCAGGAUGUACUUAAGCCCCUCAGUACUCUGCUGAAUGACAGUUUCGGUAUAGAUGCAUCUGGAUACCCUCCUUUCUAUGACAGCAUGCCCAGAGGAGUCAAGUCAGGGGACAGACAGACCUGGUUUUCACUAUGUCGAAAUGAGGAGGGCUUCUACAUCCACCCAGUGGGCUUUGAGAUCUUAAUCGACCACCACAGCACCAAUUUUCUGUCCUGGCAUGUGAUCAAAGUUCUUUAUAACGGCCAGUACUUUGAGAGUCCCACAGAACUAAAACAGCAAUACGAGGCAGGAACUGUGUCAAAAGUCUUCUACAAACCUGUGCAAAAUUACGCAUCACUGAAACCCAAGCAGAAACCCACGGGUGUUGGACCCCAGCAGUUUUAUGUACAAGGCAAGAGAUUCAGUUUGAAGAAAAAUCACAUCGUAUACCUUGACUGGAGCUUUGCCUUCGGUCUGAGCGCGCUUAGAGGCAUGAGAGUUUUUGACGUUCGCUUCAGAGGGGAGAGGAUCAUCUAUGAGCUAAGCAUUCAGGAAGCCAUGUCAGUCUACGGGUCUGCCACCCCAAAUACCAUGCUCACCAAGUUCCUGGACGGCAGCUUGGGCAUUGGUCGGUUUGCGUAUGAGUUGGUCAGGGGGGUCGACUGCCCUUAUUCAGCCACCUUUAUAGACACUUUCCAUUUCCUGGACACUGGUAUUCCACGCCAGCUCAGAAACUCAAUUUGCAUCUUUGAGCAUGACAUGGGCCACCCUCUACGGAGGCACUUCUCAGAGGACUUCUACAGGAGUUAUGGAGGACUAGCAAACAGCGCCUUAGUGUUCAGGACAAUCACAGCUAUAGGAAACUAUGACUACAUGUGGGAUUUCAUUUUCUACCAGAGCGGCUCAGUGGAGGCCAAGGUGCAUGCCUCCGGCUACAUUGCCUCGUCCUUCACACUGUCCAACAGCUUUCCAUAUGGUCACCAAGUGGCAGAAAAAGUCACCGGAAAUAUCCACACCCAUUUUCUCAACUUCAAAGUGGACCUUGAUGUUUUAGGAGUAAGGAAUGUAUUCCAGACCAAAGACAUGGAGUUUGUGAAUGUCUCACUGCCCUGGAUGCCUGAACGCUAUGCCAUGAUCCCUAAGGUGGUGGAGAAACAGCUGCAAACAGAGCAGGAGGCCGCUCUGCGACAUGACACCAAGACUCCUCGCUACCUCCACAUUGCUAGCCCCCAGAAAAACCGUUGGGGUCACCAGCGCUCCUACAGGCUGCAGGUCUUCAGCUUCACCGGGGAUCACCUCCCAGAGAACCAGGCAGAGGAGAGGGCUAUGUCCUGGGCCAGGUAUAAGGUUGCCAUCACCAAGCAGAAGGACCUUGAGCAGAGCUGCGGCAGUCUGUACAAUCAGCACGACAUCUGGAAUCCAGCUGUUGACUUUAGCAAGUACAUUGAAGACAAUGAAAGCAUUGUAAAUGAGGACCUGGUUGCCUGGGUGACCACCGGCUUCCUCCACAUCCCUCACUCCGAGGACAUCCCCAACACAGUAACGGUGGGCAAUGGGGGCGGGGUCUUGCUGCGGCCACACAACUACUUUGAUGAGGACCCGUCCAUCCACUCUGCCGAUGGGGUGUACUUUGACCCGGGCACAGAGAACAGCUGUGACAACAACAGGAUGGCCUGCCUUGCCCAAGACCCCUGCAGCCCCGUCCUGGAACCUUUCACUUACCAUGGCUUCGAUGUAAGCUCUCAGGGAAGCAGAAGAAGGAGGACUUAAAAUGUGAUUCUUCCUUUGUGUUGUGAUUUAGAUUUUGUUUUUAUGAAACUACAAUACAAUCAUUUUGAUUAAUAUAUUUAGAAUUUAUUUUAAAUAUAAAAACAGUCAAAUGGAACCAACCUAAUGUGUAAUGAACUGAACUAAACUUAUUGCUUGAUGAAAAUGCAGCUUUAGUCUUGUUAAAGUAGCAAUGACAGCAUACAAAUGGACACGAGAAUGAUCACCGUGUAUCAUUCACUGUCUAAAUUUACAGUCACAUUACCCUUUAUGUAAGCAAAAUGCUGGCUCUUCUUACUAUUAAUCUGCUGAUAUCAGGCCAAAUGCAUAUUAUUUGCUUCCGCAUAUCCCUCCAGCACUUUCUCCUUAUGAUUAACUCUUUUGUGUUCAUGUCUGUGUUUUACCAAGAGUAGCAAAAGUCUGUGAGAGUCCCCUGAAAGACUCCACAACCUUUUCUACCAACUGUAUAAACAUUUAUUACAAGUAGUUAAUUUCUUGAUGUAAGUAAUUGUAAGUAAUACAUCUGGGAAUUAGACAAAUAUUGAGGUUGGGAAAUACAAAACACAAAAUAAAGCACAAUACGACAAACUGUUUUGAAGUAGCGAGGACAAUUGCAGCCCUCCAAUGAGGAUGCCGAUAAGCCUUGCAUUGGCCAACCAUUGUGUUCAGUUUCAUUCCUCUCCAAAACAGUUUUGAGGCAAAAAUGACAAGCUGUCAAGCUACAUGGAAAAACAACAAAAACUUAUGUGGUUAUUUAGUCACAGUACCACAGGAGCAGUUUGUGUUGGUCCAGGGUGCUUGAUCAGUAACAAUGUUUAGCAGCAUAAAUUUUAGUCUGGUCUGCUCGAGUUGACUUACCUUUGCUAUGAGUUAUAAGUUAUGUAAAAGUGCAAUUUUUAAUGAUUAAGCAGAGGC